AUGGUGUCGGUAAACGCCGAUGAGCCAGCUAGCCUGACUCUGUCUGGGAUAGGCUCCAGGAGAUGGACUGCCUCUAUGGCCUCUACUCUUGCUUCUGGAUUCUACAUGUCUUCCGGGCCCAUUCCCUGGCUCCUGGCCCCUCCUCCCUGUUUCAAGCUCGGUGCGAGUCUCCAAGCACCAGUCACCCGUGGCGACACAACAAAUUGCCAGGCCCCAGCUCAAACCUACCAGGUCAAACUAGCAACUUGGCUCCAGACACCCACGACAAACAUCCCCAAGAUGCGCUUCCCGACUCCCUUCGCUCUCUUGGCGCUCGCCACCGCGGCCAGCGCCGCCCCUACGAUUCCCUCCAGGUAUCCCAUUCUGGGAGCACGCGAGACCUAUGAGACGGCUGUCUAUGGCAGCCAGAUACAGCGGAGGGGCAGGCGUGGCCAAAGGAACCUCCCCAUCCGUGCGCGUCGGUAUCCUAUGGCCCCUGGCCUCGUGCUAUACCCCACCAGGAGGAGCGCCUCCGCCGGCUUGCGACAUGGGGAGGCAGCACACCUCCCAUCUUCGGAUAAUACAAAGCACUUUGGCCGAAAGCUAGUCAUUCUGCUUGCCCGCUAA